AUGACAAGGAACUACAGAUACAAGAGCAAGCCGUCAAUACACGAUUCUAGAUUGGGACCGUACGACAUACUGUGUGGACGAACGAGUCAUGCCUACAACAAUGUCGGAAAUCGAAGGUUUCGAGUCACCAUUCGUAUGUACCUUUUGCGAUACCAGCGAUUGCAAUUGAGGGCAGACAGAAAGAUCUUUAUCUUUUACCUUACAAAGCUAUUCCGUGAAGAGAUUGGGUUUCGUUUUCUCAAAAUGGAAGCAGGAGACUUUCAUGACAUUGGAGAAGUGGAAACACGAAAGAAAAUUGGCCAUGCACUUUUGGAUCAAACUGUAAAGCAUCCAAUCCAGGAGGCAACUCCCACGCCGGCAGCUUCAAGUUGUUCACCACCAGUGCUCCUACGCAAGGUGACGGACGUCCAGAAAAAGAAGCCGUUGAGGUCAAUAUUAAAGGCGCCACCAGUAUCAAUUCAAUCUCAACUGAUGGGGUCAUCGUCAUCGUUAGCAUCAUCAUCAUCUAGCAGCAUGACUGAAGAUCAACAGGUUCGAAGAGUCAGCUUACCGUUAUCAGAGCCGUCACCAUACCACAAGAUUCUCCCCAUGCCGAGUCGUGUACAAGGUGUCUCCAAGAAGACAAUCGCCACUUAUCCUCCUCCAAUGAAAACGAAACAGUGUGUGACCAAGCUAGAGUCCGAAAUUUGUAUGCUAUUGGUUGGGAUGAACAAACAAAAUGACUUGCCACCAAAUCAGCAACGGUGUGCUGUCUAA